CUUGUUUACCACCGAUGUAGUAUAAAAAAACUAACAUGCAACGUGCUAGUUUUGCAUUCUAUAUUUUCGACAACGUUUUUUAUUUAUAGACGUUAGUGAUGUCAUAAUUUGGCGGUGGUUGCCAAAACAUUGAAGUCAGAGUGAGACACAAUAAUACUGCCACACUACGCAUAACCAUCGUAACAAACAUUUGAAAAUUUGUUUAAUUGUUUACCGUGUUCUCAAGCAACAAAUUCCAAAUUCAAAAAUGUUUUUUUGCUGUUACGGCCGUUGUGUUUAAUGAGGCAGAAGGUCGCAGUUGAAUUCAAUUAUUUUAUUUAAAUAUACAUAUUCGUAUCAGCGGACGUGUAGCAUUUCGAUUUAUAAAGAUGGAGUCAAAACGGCCUCGUUAUUGCUGCUCGUCCACGAUGUGCUGCCGGAUGCCGAUUGAAAAAGGAUGCUUCAUAUUUUCGAUUGUUAAUAUUGUUAUAUGCACUUUGGGUUCACUCGCCAGCCUGGGAUCCCUGAUCUUCAUCCUGUUCCUGUGGUGUAACCCCAUGGUCCUCAGCGAGGUGGUGGUAGACUGGAAGUAUAUAGGUUUAAGCGUGGCUUGCUGCGUUGGCUCAGCUAUAGCACUUACCUUCGCCAUUGCACUCUGCCACGGUUUACGACAGAACAAAAAACGCUAUAUAAUGGCGUAUCUCAUUUAUGGGAUGAUCUCAGUAACCCUGGGCGCAAUAGGAAAUGUGGUUUUCAUCUGGUUGGCGUGGGGUCAUCUGUACAUUGUAUUAUACGCAAUGAUUCCCCUUGCAGUUUGGGUGAUAUAUUCGGUGAUGCUGCUGCUCGUGUACCAGACGUACGCGGUGCUUUCCGAACGCGCCCCCGUCACGGGACACACCAGAUUGCUCAAUGCGGAUGACUUUUGAAAACACCCCACUCCACGCCAUUUUGUAAAUGGGUCACACACAUUUCACGAAAAGGUCUUUUAUGUGGAUGAUAAAAUAAAAUAAUUAAAUAAAUAAAUCAAUAUUAUAGUGUCAGUCUGUUCUGUUCUGUGUCAUAUAAACCAAACAGGUUUUAAACCCAAUGUUCCUUAGCUGGAAGCUAUUUUGUUUUGUCUGUGGUUCUUUAUUUUGUCAGUUUACAAACAAAUGAAUACACGUAUCGUUUUGCUGUCUGCGACAAAAUAAUGUUUUACUCUAUUCAAUCCUGGUAGAAUUCCACUCCAACCCCAAUAGCUUAUGGGCCCAGCACGCUUCCAUUCUUACAAAAAAUUGCCAAGUCCCUCGGUAAGCCAAAAAGGCUUGUGUUGUGGGUAAUCAGACAACGAUAUAUAUGAUAUACAAAUACUUAAAUACAUAGAAAACAUCCAUAAUUCAGGAACAAAUAUCUGUGCUCAUCACGCAACUAAAUGCCCUCACCGGGAUUCGAACCCAGGACCAUCGGCUUCAUAAGCAGGAUCACUAUAUACCCAAUACCCACUAGGCCAGGCCGGUAGUCGAAAAUAAAAAUUAACGACUCGGGGUGCAGCGUAAGAGUUAGCUGUUUUGUUGUGUGAUAUAGCUUUUAAUUCUCAUUACUGUGCACUGUCUACAGAAAAGACGCGAACGAGUUAAGCAUACAUGAAAUGUGUAUGACCCAAAGGCGAAAGGAUUUAUUUAAAUAACUA